AUGUCCUUCUGCUCUGGGGAUGCCUCGGGUGGCGGCGACGGUGCCGGGGAGGUAGAACUGGCUGCUGCUGCUGCUGCUGCUGCUGCUGCUGCUGCUGCUGUUGCUGCUGUUGCUGCUGUUGCUGCUGCUGCUGCUGGGCGUCCAAGCACAUCUGCUGCGGGGGCUGCGUGCGAGGCUGCUGCUGUACCUGGCGCUGCUGCUGCGGCUGCGUUUGUUGUAUCUGCUGUUGCAUUUGUUGCCGUGGCAGCUGCUGCUGCUUGUGCUGCUUGUGCUGCUGCUGCUGCUGCUGCUGCUGCUGUUGCUGCUGCAGUGAGCUGCAGGUCUUGCGGCUUGAUUUUGGGCACUGAAAGAAGGCUGGCCCCUCCCGCUGCAGCUCGCAGCCUUGACCGCUCCACAUGCUGCAGCAGCAGCACAGCAGCCGAAGCAGCAAAAAAAGCAGCAGCAGCAGCAGCAGCAGAAAAAGCAGCAGCAGCAGCAGAAGAAAAAGCAGCAGCAGCAGCAGCAACAGAGGCGGCCGAGUCGGACUUGUGCCUAUGGAAGAAGAAGACGUCGCUGCGCGCGCUGUCUCCCGCUGCAGCAGCAGCAGCAGCUGCUGCUGCUGCUGCUGCGUCUCCCGCUGCUGCUUCCGGAGCACCCCCGGCCGCAGCAGCAGCAGCAGCAGCAGCAGCAGCAGCAGCAGCAGCAGCAGACGGGCUGCGGGCCCCGAACCUGUUUCGCAGCCACUCAGACCUUUCUUACUUCGCCAAAGACCUCAGCAGCUACAGCAGAAGUCUCCAAACUUUUCGCUUUUUGCUGCUGCCCUUCGCAGCCCCCCCCGGUGCUGCUGCUGCUUGGGAGAUUGGCUACGAGCCCCCGGCUGCUGCAUGCAGCUGCGCAGCAGCAGCAGCAGCAGCAGCAGCAGCAGCAGCAGCAGCAGCAGGAGCAGCAGAUGGGGAGGCGGGAGAGAAAAGGGAAAAUGCGACAGAGGCCGAAAGUGAAGCAGCAAAACACAAGACGGAGAUCAGGCCCUGGGUCUGCAGCGAAACUGCAGCAGCAGAAGCAGCAGCAGCAGCAGCAGCAGCAGCAAGAAACGCGCUCGAACUCACCGUCCUAGUCCGGGAAUGCUUCGUCGCCAAAAGUGGAAACAAAGAUAAAACUGAAAUGGGAACUCUUGCCAUGAAGGCAGCUGAUGCUGCUGCGGAAGAGAGAGCAGAGCAGCAGCUUCAAGAAAAGAAGCAGCAGCAGAAAUUUAAAAGAAUAAAUGUGGGAAAGCAGCAGCAGCAGCAGCAGCAGCAGCAAAGGCAAGUUCAGAUGAGGCUGUCUCUCAAUCUGGAAAAAUAA